AUGACUUCCGCCGCAAAGAGACAUAUACUUAUUAGCCUGUCGCCCGUCGUCGGCUCAACCACUGAAGGUCUGCUGUUCUCCUACGGUAGACGACCCACGCAACAGAUACGUGCGGCUUUUGCAGGACGCUAUUGUGCGAGUUACGCCAGAAGUGCUGUGAACAAGACGUCCGCGCCAACCCGACAGCCAGCACACACAGCAACUUGUCAACAUAGCACUCCCGCCUUACACACGAAGAACUCCUGGAGUCAACGGAGCUACGCAACUGUCAGCAACGAUAAAUCAACUAUGAAGGCCCUCGUCUACAAAGGAACCGGCCAGUUUGCUCUGGAAGAUAAGCCAGUGCCUCAAGUUCAGGAACCCACGGAUGCUAUUGUUAAAGGCAGGGGCUUCCUUUAUACCACAAUCUGUGGUACUGAUCUCCACAUCGUUAAGGGAGAUGUAGCGACUUGCACUCCCGGUCGGAUUUUGGGCCAUGAAGGUGUUGGAAUAAUACACGAGCCAGGUGCAGCGGUCUCACGAUUCAAGAAGGGCGACCACGUCCUGAUCAACUGCAUCUCCAGCUGUGCCACAUGCGAAUACUGCCGACGCGGGAUGUACAGUCAUUGUGUCAAGGGCGGAUGGAUUCUAGGAAACACGAUCGAUGGAACCCAGUCGGAGUACGUAAGGAUUCCUGUUGCAGACUCCAGUCUCCACGCUGUGCCUCAAGGAGUGGAUGAGAAGGCAUUGGUAAUGUUUUCUGACAUCCUGCCGACUGGCAAUGAAUGCGGGACAAUCAAUGCCAACGUACAGCCCGGGUCGACGGUCGCCAUCGUAGGCGCUGGUCCCGUUGGUUUGGCCGCACUCAUGACGGCGCGCCUCUACUCACCAAGCUUGAUCAUUGUGAUUGACCAGGAUCCAAACCGGCUGAAGGUGGCUCAGGACUUUGGCGCGCAGUAUGUGGUGAACAAUGCUGAAGCGUCAGCGGAGGAAGAGGUGAUGAAGAUCACGAACAAUGUCGGCUGUGAUGCAGUCAUUGAGGCCGUGGGUGUGCCGGCCACGCUAGAACUCGCACAGGAUCUGGUGGCUCCGGGCGGGACGAUCGCAAAUGUCGGCGUUCAUGGGACGAGCUGCUCUCUGAAGAUGGAAAAAUUGUGGGAUCGGAAUGUAUCCCUCAAAACUCGCCUUGUCGAUACUGCAACAACCCCGAUGUUGCUGAAGAUGUUUGCUGCGGGUGGGUUGAAGGCUAAAGAGUUGAUCACCCAUGAAUACAGUUUCAAGGAGAUGGAGAAGGCAUACGGAGUGUUCCAAGCGGCUGCUCAGCACCAGGCACUGAAAAUGUUGAUUUCGGUCUAG